UUCCCCAUCAUCAGUUAUUCUAAGUCGUUGAACAGGAUGGCACGUACGAAACAAACUGCACGAAAAUCAACCGGUGGAAAAGCUCCACGCAAACAGCUCGCCACAAAGGCAGCUCGUAAGAGCGCUCCUGCCACCGGUGGAGUCAAGAAACCUCAUCGUUACAGACCGGGUACAGUCGCUCUUCGUGAGAUCCGUCGUUACCAGAAAUCCACCGAGCUCUUGAUCCGCAAGUUGCCCUUCCAGCGCCUUGUGCGAGAAAUCGCUCAAGAUUUCAAGACAGAUCUGCGUUUCCAAAGCUCUGCUGUGAUGGCUCUUCAAGAAGCUAGCGAGGCUUACCUUGUUGGUCUGUUUGAAGACACCAACUUGUGCGCCAUCCACGCCAAACGUGUCACUAUUAUGCCCAAGGAUAUUCAGUUGGCCCGCCGAAUCCGCGGAGAGAGAGCAUAA